GUGAAUCCACUUAUAUAAGUACAUUUGUAACCGCCUAAACAUUACAAAACUUAUAUUCGAUUUCGACACCCUCCAUGCAAAAAAGGGCUUAUCUCACGCGGACAUAUUUUGGGCGCAGUAAAUCCUCUCGCUUCGCCUCUUCCCCAAUGACGAGACCACUGAACUACAGUUUAUUAAGAACGGACGGGAUGGAGACGCUGAGGUAUAAUAAUGCCGCGUUCAUGUGAAAGUCGGAACUAGGAAACUCGAAACUAGCAAACUCGGAAAUGUACUAAUUUCCUAGUUCCGAAUAGUAGAUGAACGCGUUAUAAGAACGGACGGGACCCAUACACAGUCGCUUCUUUUUGACGUAAUUUUCAGCUGCGACGCAAAAAUCUUUCUUUUUUUUUCAUUUCGGAAAGAUUUUGGUGAAGGAAGUAACGUUAUCUGGCUAAUACAACGGGCAAGAAUUAGCCACCGAUUAACAAGUAACGGAGGAUGAACCUGGAUCCUGGCUGGCUGCUGCUCCUAUCCAUGUUUCUGGAGGUUUGGUCAGUGCCCCUCGACCGCAAUGCAACCCCCCAGGAAGCACAGCCUCCUCAGGAGGACAAACAGGAGGAUAAUGUGGACACAGGCCUAUACUAUGACCGAUAUCUGAGAGAGGUGAUUGAGGUGCUGGAGACAGAUCCCCACUUCAGAGAGAAACUCCAGACUGCCAACACAGAGGACAUCAAGAAUGGUCGUCUCAGUAAGGAGCUGGACCUUGUGGGGCACCAUGUUAGAACUCGUCUGGAUGAGCUGAAGAGACAGGAGGUGUCUCGCCUCAGGAUGCUGCUCAAAGCCAAACUGGACAGCACCAACACACAGAGUUUACAGAUGGACCAUGCCUCUCUGUUGAAGCAGUUUGAACACCUGGAUCCACACAAUCAGAACACCUUUGAGGCCAAAGACCUUGAGCUGCUCAUCUCAACGGCCACCAAAGACCUAGAGAACUACGAUGCAGAGAGACAUGAUGAGUUCAAACGCUAUGAGAUGCUGAAGGAGCACGAGAGACGGGAGUACCUCAAGGGUCUGGACCAGGAGAAGCGAGAGAAGGAGGAGAAGAGGAUGGAGGAGCUGAAGGAUAAACACCGCAAGCACCCCAAGGUCAACGCUCCGGGCAGUGUAGCUCAACUUCGUGAGGUAUGGGAGGAGACUGAUGGACUGGACCCAACAGAGUUUAACCCAAAGACCUUCUUCAAACUGCAUGAUGCGAAUGGAGAUGGUGUUUUAGAUGAGCAGGAACUAGAGGCCCUCUUUGCCAAAGAGCUGGAGAAGGUCUACGACCCAAAGAAUGAGGAGGAUGAUAUGAUGGAGAUGGAGGAAGAGAGGCUAAGGAUGAGGGAGCAUGUCAUGAAGAACGUGGACAUCAAUCAAGAUCGACUUGUCAGCCUGGAAGAGUUCCUUAAAUCAACAGACAAGAAAGAGUUCAAUAACCCUAAAGAAUGGGAUACUUUAGAUGACACCAAGCCGGUGUUUACAGAGGCUGAGCUCCAGCGGUUUGAGGCGGAGCUGCAGACCAAGGAGGAGGAGCUCGGUAAGAGGGCGGAGUCUCUUCGUCAGGAGCAGGAUCUGCUGAAGGAGAGGGGCAAGGCCCUGGAGGCCCAGAGACGAGAGUACCAACAGGCAGUACUAGAGAUGUCUCAGAGGAAGGAGAAACAGGCAGUGGAGGGGCAGCCUCCUACGGGUCCUAACGGAGAACUACAGUUCCACCAAGAGAUGCAGAAACUGGAAGAUCAAGGUGCUAAAGCUCCUGUUGAACAAGAAGUCCAAGAGGCCCAGAAUAACCUGCCUGCAGAACCACCACAGAACCUGCCCAUACACACCUAAUGCAGCACCCUGAUACAUAUAGGGUUGCAAUGGGAGGGUAUAUUACUGGAAACUUUCUAAGUUUACCAGUAAACUACCAGAAUUUUUGUAACUUUCAAGGAAUAUAUGGAAUUUUAUCAGAUGACAUCUAGUGUCUUUUUUUGGUACUUCAGAUUAUCACAGGUGUUUGUGAGCAUGGUUACAUGCGCACCAUAAUUUGAUUUUGUUUAAAACAUUUACAUGCUUUGCAAGAAGAACGAUUUCCCUAAUAAUCCUGUUUACGUCUGAAAUCAGGCUACUGAUGGGACUUCAGAUAAAUUCCAAAAAUCAGCCAUCUAAAAAAAUGUUCGACCACAUUGGCCAAACUUUUUUGCAAAACCUUUUUGAUUCUGAGUUGGGACAUAUAAAGUUUGUAUGUGAAAACAAUUUCUAAUAUGCAUACUUUUGUUUUUCCAAAUUCACGCAUAAGAGGGAGUUUUGCGCUACUGGUGCUGGGCGCAAAUCAAAUACACAGCUCGAAUGCAGUAAUUUGAAAGAUUGCCUAGAAAACCAGGUGUUUUAAUCGGUGGAUGCUUACUUAGAUUUUGACCGUACGCCGAUUCAAGAUAAGCAGAGUAAGGUGUUCACAUGACUAUUUCCAUACCUGGCCUACUGCCAUAAUCAGUUUAAUAUCAAAUUAUUAGUGUGCAUGUAAACAUACUCAUGAAUUAUCUCUGGCCCUCUGUGUGGCCUUAUCAGAAAUAAAAUCUAUACAAUAAUUCAAUGAGAUGACAAAGCUGUAAAAGAUCCUAAAUAUAAACCAUCAACGUAGUGAAUGUCAUUGAUGUUUAAUAUGAGAGUUUCAGAAUAAAAUACCCUUUGUUUAUUUUACACACUUUUUUUAUUUUACUAUUUCAAUAUGUCUUUGUUGUAAAUAUUUGGGGGUCAAACUGGUGGCAGUUGUGAAAAAAUACAAUAGUUUGUGGAGUGAAUUGAAAACAAUGCAAUUGUUGAUUAGAUGCUUUUCCAAAAUUAUUUAGGUUAUUUUUCUCUUGAACCAUAUAGUCUAUCCACUAGAAACUCAUGGACAUUAUGGUCACAGAUGUAAAAAAUGUUUAUACUAUAUAUGAAUAACAUUUUUUUAGUUCAAGUAUAAAUCAUCAAAGUUACCAUAGAUUACCUGUUAUUUACCAAAAUUACAGAGGAUUCCAGUAACUUUGGUAAAAUAGUGGUAGCUGUGCAACCCUAAAUACACACACGCUCUCGCAGGAACACAUCUCUUUCACUGACACACAUAUCCAGAUAGGUACAGCAGAUGACAUCAUACAGCACAAGCGCACAACCCCAGUCAGUCAAGCACAUCGUAUCGUCCCCUGGCACAGUCCCGGUGUUCACCUAUCUCUGUGGUUUACAUUUGAUCUCAAUAAAUUAUUCAACUCACUGGA